AAACAACGCAGAGUGCUCUCUCUAUCUCUCUCAACUUUCAAAGCGUUUUCCUAGAGAGAGAAACUCAUUUCUAGAGAGAGAGUGAAAAACCACUGAACCAUGUCCUUCGCCGUCGACGACCUCAACUUCGACGCCGCAGACGACACCUUCUCCGGAUACGGAGGCUACUCCAGCUUCCCCGGCGACGAUGCCCCCGUCGAACACUCAACAACGGCGGCACCAGAGUCGCCGGAUAUCUUCGGCUUCAGCGAUCCAAAUCCGAAUUACUCUCAGUCUCCCUUUGAACCAGAGCACGUAGUGGAGAACGGUGAUGAAAACGGCUACGAUGAUGGAGUUUUCGUCUCCGACGGGCCUGUGCUUCCGCCGCCUGGCGAUAUGGAGCCGGAGGAAGGUUACGCUCUUCGGGAGUGGCGCCGUCAAAAUGCCAUUCAGCUAGAGGAGAAGGAGAAAAGGGAAAAAGAAAUGAGACUAAAGAUUAUUGAGGAAGCUGAGGAUUAUAAGGUGGCUUUCUAUGAGAAAAGGAAGCUUAACGUUGAGUCUAACAAGGUUCAAAACAGAGAAAGGGAGAAGUUAUACUUAGCCAAUCAGGAGAAAUUCCACAAAGAGGCUGACAAAAAUUACUGGAAAGCAAUUGGGGAGAUCAUUCCUCGUGAGGUUGCCAACAUUGAGAAGAGAAGAGGCAAAAAGGAUCAGGAGAAAAAGCCAUCAAUUACAGUCAUCCACGGCCCGAAGCCUGGCAAACCCACUGAUCUUUCUAGGAUGAGGCAGAUAUUGUUAAAGCUGAAACACACACCACCCGCUCACAUGAUUCCUCCUCCUCCUCCUCCUGCACCUGCUAAAGACUCCAAGGAUAAGGAUGGAAAAGAAACAGCAAGUAAACCAAAUGGAACUGCACCAGAAGGUGCACCUGAAUCACAACCAAGGGAUGCUGCCACCAAUGACAGUACUACAGAUUUACCCCAGAAAGAAGCUCCUGCCACUGAGGAGCAGUCUGCUACAUAGUUUCUCUCUGUCUAUCAUCCUUAAGCUCACAAUUUUUCUCCUUCUGCUAUCUGUUUCCCCUGCAGUCUUUACGGAUCUUUUUGUCAUGCUAUUAGUUUCUAUGGGUUUUUGAGUUUUCAUUUUAUUUCCAGCAUUAAGGUUUUGUAUCAAUUAUUAAAUCUGUCAUUGACUAGUAUGACCUUGGAAAUUAAAAUGUUCAUGGGUUUUAAUCCCUCUAAAAAUAAGAAAGAGUAUUUGUUUAUAUUUUUA